AAAGUGUAGCACAGUCGCUGUUGCUGAGUCGUUGCGGCAAUAAACGGAGCUGUGCAGAGAAGCAGACCUACAACAUCCGGGCAAUAGUCAGCUUGCGCAGAAACGGAAUGGCGGAGGUUGGUGAGAGGCCCCUGAAGGUAAGCGUGGAGGUUGUGGCCUAGAGGAGACUGGAUGAGGAACAGAGAUGGAGGCCAUCAGCAGGAGAAGCAGAAGUUUCAACAGGCCUUAGAGGAGUUGGAGGCAGACUUUCCCCCCCAUGAAGAUGGCAACGCAGUCCCACACUGUUCGCUCAAGUUCAGCUGUGUCUGCAAACAUAAAAGCCAGUGAGCUUCCUUUAGAGGAGUUGCUGGCUCUGUACGGCUACACAGUUUCAGAUCCAGAGAAGAAGACCUGUCCCAUGGCUGCCAGCCUGCCAGACAUGACACUGGACAAGGAUCAGAUAACUGAGGAUCUCUUUCCCGGGGAGGAGGAAGAAGAAUCAUCAGCCGAUGAUCUCACCCCCUCGGUCACCUCAAACGCCUCAGAUCUGCUCUGCCGCCUCAAAAGUGGAGACAAAGACAAAUUAGUCAGCUCAUCAGAUGAAGACUCUGACGAUGCCUCUAUUCCCUCCAAUGAAGAGCACAAGGAGAUCAUGGUGGGCUCUAUGUACCAAGCAAAAAUCCCUCCACUUUGUCCAUAUGCCUACCAGGACAGAGCCUACAGCAGUGAGGACCAGUUGCUGUGGAGGCCAGAUGUUCUACCCAUGCAGGAAGUGGAGGAGUUCUUGUUGUAUGCACAGAGAUCGCGUGGCCAGGAGGGGGCAGCAUGCUUACGAACACAAGGAGACACUGUCCAAGACAAUGAACAGGCCCUGUAUGAACUAGUGAAAUGCAACUUUAAUGCAGAAGAAGCACUUAGACGGUUGAACUUCAAUGUGAAAGUGUUAAGUGAAGAGCUUUGUGCCUGGAGUGAGGAGGAGUGUAGGAGCUUUGAGCAGGGUUAUCGAGUUUACGGGAAAAACUUCCAUCUCAUUCAGGCCAACAAGGUACGAACGCGCUCUGUUGGGGAGUGUGUGGAGUAUUACUACAUGUGGAAGAAGUCGGAUCGUCACGAGUACUUUACCCAACAGGCCACCAGGCUCAGCCGCAGGAGGUACAACCUGCAAUCAGGGAGCAUGGAGGAUGGAGAGCAGGACGGGGAGGUCGGGGAGCUUGAGGGCAGCAACAAUUCUUCUGGCUUGUUGUCUCACAGCUCUGCCAGGCAGCUUGAGUCCCCAUUACCACCUCAGUCGAACCUGGACAUGGACAAACAAGAUGGUGAGCUGAUGAUGGGGCUGUCAGACCUGUGUGGAGACGAAUGUCCACAGCAGCUGUUGGCCUGUCCCUUCUCUCUCCCGCCCAUGGAUCCCCUGCGGCACCCUGGCUCAGGCACUUGUUGUCCCUCAGCUCCAAAUCAGCUUCUGUCCCAGCCCUCCCCUCAGAACUCCCCGUGGUCCUGCGGGAGUCCUCUGUCCUGCCACGCCGACCCUCGCCUCCAGAGCUCAUGUUUCUACCAGCUUCACAUGCGGGGUGGACCUUUUGUUUCCGAUGGUCUUGACUGUGGUGAAGAAGGAGGUGUGAAUGUCUCCCCAUUUGGGAUGCAGCUGGAAUUUGGCCUGCCGUCUGUCUCCCAUCCCUCACCUGCUGUCCUCCCAUCACACUUCCAGGCAUUUGGCAGCCUGUUGCACCCUUCUUCUGUCCAGCAUCCCCGCUCUCUCACACAGUGACUGCUCAUGGGAAAAUGUAAUCUGCGGGGUGCCUUGUAUCUGGAUUUUGGACAGUCAAAGACAUGAAGUGCAUUUACCUAACUUUGUGAAAAAGGAUGGACCUAGAACCUGUGUUGAGGGAUUACAUGUUUGUCUGAACCCCUUCUUUUAAACUGAGACACUUGAACCUCCUCUCCGUUGUUAAAUAAAAUGUUGAAUUCUUUACUUUCAUGUGUUGAUAAUGUGUUUAAUAACAGUUUAUUUCCACAAUCUUUGCCAAAACAGUGCAAUUAACCAGCAGUAAUUUAUACAUUUCUGUGAAUUCUAGGUGAGUGCAGGUGGUAAAAACUGCAGUGACCAUUCAAACAAUCCAGAAGCAUCAUGGUUAUGAUCAAGGACUGAUGAUGUUCACCACUGUUUCUUUUUAUUUUAUUUAUCUUGAUGUAAAUGUUAAACUGCUGCUUUGUUUCUUCAAAAUCCUUCCAGCAAGAGCCAGUGAUCGUUUUCUUUAUGUUUGUUCUUAUCAUUGCUCAGAUGUUUUGCCUCUGCAGCUCUUUGAGAUCACCCCAUGGAGAGUAAAAUAGGGACUUGUUUGAAUACACAGUGUAAAGAAAAGGAUUGGUUUUAAACAAUAGAAUUGUUUAUUGUUCAUUAUGAUUAAAUGACCUCUAUACAGUCUGGUUAUUUCCCUUUCAGACCUUCAUGUUUUAUUCACUUCAAUUUUUUUUUUCACUCCACCUGUCUGGCAUUUUAUUUGCAGAAGUGUUUUUUUUCACCAUGAUUGUUUUUUGAUAAAUGAAGAGCAGAAAUGUAAAUCCUCAUCUAUGUCUAAGAUUUGAACAUUGUAGUUUUUACUUUUGCUUCUUGUUUGCUUCUUGUUUGAUGAUUAACAGGUACAGGCACAACACUUAGUAAACAUAUUUCAUCACUGUAACUAUAAUGUUUUAUUAACGAUAAGAGCCCAAACAUUCAGCAACUGUGAUAAUCUCUAAAUCCAUUAAAUGAUGAGUCAGUCUUUCCGCUAUGAACAGGUGACUUACAAACAGAUCAGAUAGAAAAACUAUGAUCUACAUUUAAGGGAUUAGGACACAGCUAAUUGUUAAAGUAAAAUCAUGUGUAAGAUCAUCUUAUUGAAUUUGGCGUUACAUUGAUGGGGUUAAUAUUGUCAGAGUUUUAGAAUUCGACAAACCCACAUUUCAACAUGGAAUAAACAAAUAUAGCCUUUUCUACUCGAAUGUCUCCUUAACUGACCUAUGCCAAACUUAAAAAAAUACGGAACAAUGUCACAUAUUUAUCGGUAUGCAAUACUUUUCUAAUAUUAGAGUUGAUACUUCAAAUAUAAAGAACUACAUUGUGAAGGCCCAGGUUUCUUUUAUUCAAUUUCCGCUGUCAGACUGUCAUGAAGUUUUUUUUUAGAAUAACAAAUUUUGUGUAUCAAGUCGUAAAAACAUAUGAUGUAUUUUCUUAUGCAUGUCGGUUAUGUUUAAGUCACAGGAAUAGUUUCAAGGAAGAAAAAGAUGUAGCCUCACCUUCUUCCCUUCAUCUUUGUUACCAAUAUUUCUUGUUUCUGUCUGUAAAUGUGGCGCUCUUUCUGUAAUUCCUGUUCAAAGCAAAGCCGGUUGCAGUUCAAUGUUCGUUUUGUCUUGGAUUGUUUACAUGGGAGGGGUUCAGAACAAGACCAUGAAGGCAGGAAACAGCACUGAAUCACUGCCAACUCUUUAUGUUUCCUUUUCCUUUAGCAAUUUAUGUAUUAUACAGCUUCUGUUAUGUUUGUUUAUAAUUAUUAUAUUUUGUAAAAAAUAAAUAAAAUGAUUAUGUUUAAAAAGUAAAA